CUUUGUGGAUUUAUCAAUCGACUGGCCUAUAACCAUUUUUAAAUGCCACUUUGUGCCAGGCAUUGCAGUGGAAGCUGGGGUUACAAACACAAAAAUGAAACAGUCCUUUCUCCUCAAGGAGUUUACAUUUUAUUAGGGGAAACAACAUGUACUUAUACAAGUAUAUGCAAAUUAUCAAGUAAUUGAUAAGUUGGUCUGGUAUCUCUUAUUGGGGUUUGCAAACAGCCUAUCAUGGAAAACAUUAAAAAUUUUAAAAUGGGUAACUAUUCUUUCUUGCAAAACAAAAACUUGAGUAUUUAUUACAGAGGUGUUGGAUGUUGGCAGAGCAGCUUUCAGAGUGACUAUGUGGGUUUGGGAUAGAUGAGUGGAGCAAGGGAACGUUUCAGGAUUUGUAAAAUGAGAAGAGUGGACUAGAUAAUCUAUUCUAAUAAAGUGAUUAUCCUUAGGCUUUUCUUUGCUGAAUUUCCUUUCUUGAAUUCCUCAUCCCAUCCCCUUCACAAAGUACUGUGGAUGAUUUAUUGGAAUACCUAUCAAGCCAGUAUGUUAUAUUCUUCCCUGAACCAUAGUUCCAACUUUGCCUGAAAUCUUAGUCAGUGAAGACUUUUAAUUUUUUUUUUUUGUCUUUAUACACCCAGCCUCUAAUCAACUAGCAUUAAAUUUUGUUGCUGUUGUUUAGUCGUUUCAGACACUUUGUGAUCCCAUUUGAGGUUUUUUUGGCAAAGAUUCUGGAGUGGUUUGCCAUUUCCUCCUCCAGCAUUUACUAUGUGCCAGGCACUGUGCUAAGCCAUGCAGAUACAAAGAUGGCCAAAAAAUAAUUCUUGUUCUCAAGGAGCUCCCUGUCAGAUGGGGGAGACUGCCCGUAUACUCCCAAGUAUAAACAAGAUACCGACAAGAUAAACUGGGGAGACUUAAGAUUGAGAUUUCUUGCAAAAGAUGAGAUUGUUACUGAGCAUCGAAGCUAAGAAUGCACGUGGUGAGCCCUUAAUAGCUGCUUUUUGAAUGAAAGAACAAGUCCUAAAUGAAAAGACGGCGAGGUUCCUUCCCAGACAAGCCUUCAAAGCCACACGGGACAGGAACAAGCCUGGCGGUACCAUGCACCUGUCUGAAAGAGGACCUGCCUUUCUUUCCAAGCCUUUCCUUUUCCAACCCGCCUCGGAUUUUUUUCUUCCUCUUCUAAGUUUCCCGGCGUUCUGGCAAGAACUUUCCUCUUCUUUACAAAUAAAGUGGGAGGUGCCCGGCCGCCGGGGAAGGGUAGAAAAAACUAGACAACAGCCACUUGCUGCUGGCAGGUGAUGUCAUGUGGGACUAGAUUGGAGGGAGGGCGGGCUGGCGGGAAGGGAGGUGGCGGGGGCUGCCUGCCCCACUCCGCCCCCGCCCAUUCCCCCAAAUAAAGAAAUGGCUCUCUCGUGAGAGCCCGUAGCUAAGGGAGCCCAACUCUUACUCGUGCCCGGGAGGAGGUUGCGAGAGCGAGCAGCAGCAGCCCCAGCAGCCGCAGCAGCCCCAGCAGCAGCAGCGCACGGGCAAGACGCCACGGACUGAGUCCAGGGACACACUCUCCCCCGCUCCCCCUUUGCUGGCGCGCCCUCCUGAAGCGCGAGAGCAGAAGAAAAAGAAAAAGAAGCAUCGUCCGGGGCCACGAUGCCCACGAACUUCACCGUGGUGCCCGUGGAGGCGCAGGGGGACGCCGCGGAUGGCUCCGGGGAUCCCGGGCUACAGGAGGAAGAGGUAGAACGGCAGUCGUUGUCGCCGCCGGACCCGGAGGUUCUCCCGAAGGAGCAGCCCGCGCCUAGCCAGGAGCCGCAGGAAUGCAGCUCCGGGAUCCUGGGAGAUGGAACCCCUAGAGAAAAUAGCCCUUUCAUUAACAAUACUGACAUGGAAAGAGAGAAUGUGUAUGAAGGGAAGAACAUGGCUCUAUUUGAGGAAGAAAUGGACAGCAAUCCCAUGGUAUCUUCACUUCUUAAUAAACUAGCAAAUUAUACCAAUCUGAGUCAGGGUGUGGUCGAACAUGAGGAGGAUGAAGAUAGCAAAAGAAAAGAAAUUAAGGCUCCACGAAUGGGAACCUUCAUUGGUGUAUACUUGCCUUGCCUGCAGAACAUCCUUGGAGUCAUUCUCUUUCUGCGUUUGACAUGGAUUGUAGGCACAGCAGGAAUCCUUGAGUCCCUCAUCAUUGUGUCCAUGUGCUGUACUUGUACGAUGCUGACAGCGAUAUCUAUGAGCGCCAUAGCAACAAAUGGUGUAGUUCCAGCUGGAGGGUCAUACUACAUGAUCUCACGGUCCUUGGGUCCUGAAUUUGGAGGCGCAGUUGGACUUUGCUUCUAUCUGGGGACCACUUUUGCAGGAGCUAUGUAUAUUUUAGGAACAAUUGAGAUUUUUUUGACUUAUAUUUCUCCAAGUGCUGCUAUAUUUCAUUCAGAAGAUGUUGAAGGAGAAGCUGGAGCCAUGCUCAACAACAUGCGAGUUUACGGGACAUGCACACUCGCCCUGAUGGCCAUGGUGGUGUUUGUAGGCGUGAAAUAUGUCAAUAAGCUUGCCUUGGUAUUUCUGGCCUGUGUGAUCCUCUCCAUUCUUGCCAUUUAUGCUGGUGUCAUCAAGACCGCUUUUGAUCCCCCGAACAUUCCGAUUUGUCUUCUUGGGAAUCGCACGUUAUCGAAACGCGACUUUGAUGUCUGUGCUAAAGUCCAACACAUAAAUUAUGAAACAGUGACAACACCUCUCUGGGAGCUCUUCUGCAACAGCUCUAAUCUUAAUGCCACAUGUGAUGAAUACUUUUCCCAAAACAAUGUGACUGAAAUUCAGGGAAUUCCAGGGAUUGCCAGUGGUGUCAUACGGGAAAAUCUGUGGAGUGCUUAUGCAGAAAAGGGGGAGUAUGUAGAAAAGCAAGGCAUACUUUCAUCCUCUGUGUCAGAGGAAACAAAAACUAGCGGCCUACCUUAUGUAUUGACGGACAUCAUGACCUACUUUACGAUGUUAGUAGGAAUUUAUUUCCCAUCGGUGACAGGUAUUAUGGCAGGUUCAAAUCGAUCUGGUGAUCUAAGGGAUGCUCAGAAAUCCAUCCCUACUGGAACAAUUUUGGCAAUUGGGACCACAUCUUUUAUCUAUUUGUCCUGCGUUGUCCUUUUUGGAGCUUGUAUAGAAGGUGUUAUUUUGAGAGAUAAGUUUGGAGAGGCCCUGAAUGGAAAACUUGUGAUUGGUAUGCUGGCCUGGCCAUCACCCUGGGUCAUUGUCAUUGGUUCCUUCUUCUCUACAUGUGGGGCUGGCCUACAGAGCUUAACAGGUGCACCUAGGCUCCUGCAGGCUAUUGCAAGAGAUGGAAUUGUGCCUUUCCUUCAGGUGUUUGGUCAUGGAAAAGCCAAUGGGGAGCCCACAUGGGCCUUGCUCCUUACUGCUCUCAUCUGUGAAAUAGGAAUCUUAAUUGCUUCUUUGGACAGUGUGGCACCAAUUCUUUCAAUGUUUUUCCUCAUGUGCUACAUGUUUGUGAAUUUGGCUUGUGCUCUACAAACUCUUCUGCGCACCCCAAACUGGCGUCCUCGUUUCAAGUAUUAUCAUUGGACUCUUUCUUUUCUUGGGAUGAGCUUGUGUCUUGCUUUGAUGUUCAUUUGUUCCUGGUACUAUGCUUUGUUUGCCAUGCUCAUUGCAGGCUGUAUCUAUAAGUACAUUGAAUACAGAGGAGCUGAGAAAGAAUGGGGUGAUGGAAUAAGAGGUUUAUCUUUGAAUGCAGCUCGUUAUGCAUUGCUACGGGUAGAACAUGGCCCUCCUCACACUAAAAACUGGAGACCUCAAGUUUUGGUGAUGCUGAAUUUGGAUUCAGAGCAGUGUGUAAAGCAUCCAAGGUUACUCUCAUUUACUACCCAAUUGAAGGCUGGAAAAGGGUUAACAAUUGUUGGCUCUGUCCUGGAAGGAACAUACUUGGAUAAACACCACGAAGCCCAGAGAGCUGAAGAGAACAUCCGCUCCCUGAUGUCCGUAGAAAAGACCAAAGGGUUCUGCCAGUUGGUGGUCUCCUCCACGUUGAGAGAUGGGAUGUCCCACUUGAUUCAGUCUGCUGGUUUGGGUGGGAUGAAGCACAACACUGUACUUAUGGCGUGGCCAUCAUCAUGGAAGCUCUCGGAUAACCCCUUCUCAUGGAAGAAUUUUGUUGAUACCAUCCGAGACACCACUGCAGCACAGCAAGCUUUGUUGGUGGCUAAAAAUAUCGACACAUUCCCACAAAACCAGGAGCGCUUUAGGGAAGGGAACAUCGACGUGUGGUGGAUUGUUCAUGAUGGCGGCAUGCUAAUGCUUCUGCCAUUUCUGCUUCGUCAGCACAAGGUAUGGAGAAAGUGCAGAAUGCGUAUCUUUACUGUAGCUCAAAUGGAUGACAACAGCAUUCAAAUGAAGAAAGAUCUUCAGAUGUUUUUGUAUCAUCUGCGAAUCAGUGCUGAGGUCGAGGUUGUUGAAAUGGUUGAAAAUGAUAUUUCAGCUUUUACUUAUGAAAAAACAUUAAUGAUGGAGCAGAGAUCCCAGAUGUUGAAGCAGAUGCAACUUUCUAAGAAUGAAAGAGAAAGAGAGGCUCAGUUGAUACAUGACAGAAACACUGCAGCUGUGGCGAGGACAAAAGCAGCCGCUGCACCUGAGAAAGUUCAGAUGACGUGGACUAAGGAAAAACUCACCUCUGAAAAACGUGAAAACAAAGACACAAAUGUAGCUGGAUUCAGGGACAUUUUCACUUUGAAACCAAACCAGUCCAACGUCAGGAGGAUGCAUACAGCAGUGAAGCUUAAUGAGGUGGUCCUCAGCAAAUCCCAGGAUGCCCAGCUGGUCUUAUUGAAUAUGCCCGGUCCCCCCAAAAAUCGACAAGGAGAUGAAAACUAUAUGGAAUUCCUAGAAGUCUUGACAGAAGGACUAAACCGAGUGCUUUUGGUGAGAGGUGGAGGUCGGGAGGUGAUCACCAUCUACUCCUAAUGCUGCUGGUGACCAUCCAGAGCUUUGUUUAGAACAUGGUGGCACUGAAUAUCUAGGUGGAUAGAAACACUGGACAAGCAGGUUUUGAAUUUCUGGAAGUUGAACAGUUGAGAUGUUCCUGUGUACUUGAAAUGAUUUGCCAGCUUGAUCUGCUGAUCCAUGAUAAUUUUUUUUUUUUUAACAAAAAGAAAUGAUUGAUUUUUUUUUAAACCUAGGGCAAAAUUCUUAUUAAUACUGAAGAAACUUUGUCUGCACUGUUAAAUAAAAGACUGGGGGGAGGGGCUGGGGAUAGGAAGCUGAAGUAUGAAAGUGUGUGUGUGUGUGUGUGUGUGUGUGUGUGUGAGAGAGAGAGAAAGAGAGAGAGAAUGAUCUCUCUCUCUAAAAUAGAAUUUCAAAAGCACCCCCUCCUUUCUGCACACUUUCCUCUCUCUCUCCCACCCCCCAUUUAUUUGUAGUAUCUGGAAUAUUAAUAAUUGUGUUCUCACUACUUUAUUAUACUAUGUAUUGGGGAUAAAACUGAUGAUAUCUUUUUUUAAAAAUCGUAAAUUUUGUUUUGCUUUUUAACUGGUACCAGCAAAAUCUAAGUUUAUUCAGUGACAAACUGAAAUUGACUAAAACUGAUAUUUUACAA